UUAAUUUUCUCCAUAUAGUGUAUGGAGUAAUAUACAUAUAUAGAUAGAUAGAUAUAGAUUUAUAUUUAUUUUCCCAUACUUAUUUAAGUAACAAAACAAGUUUUUUCCUCAAAAUGAUCCGGCUAUUAACUGUUAUCAUAUAUAUGUUUGCGAUCAGUUUAAAUGCAAAUCCACAUGGUUAUUUGAAAAGUGAAGUACCUGAAGCAGUAUUAGAUUCAAAUUCAUUCAUUGAUAAUAGUCCAUAUUAUUAUCAAAGAUCACAUAUUCCUAAAUGGUGGAAAAUAAUGAAUGAAAAACGUUGGUUUCCUAUCAAAGAAUUUCGUGGUGGAUUAAUGGAAGUUUAAUUAAUUAAAAUCUAUUUCAUAAAUGUUAAUUUCUAUAAGUUAAACAUUAAAAAAAAAUAAUUAAAUAAAAUUAUUCUCGCAAAUGA